UAGCACCAGGUGAGCAGUCGGCCGAUCAAACGGUGUCAGAAGGUCAGCGACAUGGAUGACGAAAGGCUGAUUGUUGAGGUCGAACAAUACAAAAUCAUCUAUGAUGUAACACAUCCUUUUUAUAAGGAUAAUAUACGAAAGGACAAAGCCUGGAAUUUAAUUGCAGGAGUUUUGGAAGUGGAUGCUGACACAUGUAAAGCCAGAUGGAAGAUGUUAAGGGACUCUUUUGUGAAAUACAGAAAAAAAAGCCUUCCAAGUGGAUCGGCAGGAGGAUCACAAAAAGAGUGGAAAUACACAGAGAUCAUGUCCUUCCUUUUGCCGUUUAUCCAACCAAGAAGUUCAAAAAGCAACUUGAGCCAGCUACAUUAUGCUGAGGAAAGGCCGGGCACCCCUCAAUCAUUGUCAGGGUCUGAGGGUCGGUCCAGCACCCCUCAACAACAACCACCCACAUCCCCGGCUCCAUCAACAUCAGCACCAGCACCAUCCACCUCCAGGUCCCGUAGCCCCAGGGACAGACCUUCGAGAGCGGCUGUUGCAGCGCAGGCUCGGGAAAGCAGAAGAGGACGGAGAACAGACACAGACAUUGGGGAGCGGCUGAUGUCUCUGCUGGAGCAGCCGGUGCCCAAACCUCCUAUGCCUGAUGGGGAGCUGGACGAAGCAUACCACUUUGCGUUGAGUACUGUGCCAAUGUUACUCAGACUAAAUAUGGACACCCGGCAACAGGCCAAACUUGAGAUCAUGACUCUACUGAUCAACCACGAGAGACGUCAGACCUCACAACGACAUCUUCACCCCCCCGCUUUGGCACAAACAUCCCAUCCCCCACAAGUCCAACAGCCUCAAGGACCGAUGCCUCACCCCACUCCAGGACAUUCCAGCCAUUUUCACCCAAUUCACCCAGCCCCACCACCACAAUCAGAGUCGUUCAGAGCAAUGCUGCAUCCUGACUGGGAAGAUCCAAAUGUGAUGGGGCCCAUAUUACACCAACUUAACUUUUAUUUAUGUUACUUUUACUGUUUUAAAGUAUUUAAGUUUUUCUUUUAGUUAAGUUUUAUUUGAAACAAGUAUUAAAACAUAUUUCUUCA